ACUCGUUUUAGUUGCUCACAGACCUUGUUCAAGAUCAGAGCUGAUUUCUCCAACGUUUGCUUUUAGUAUUUGUCGUCUACAAAAUAAUUCUUUCUACAAAGAUGCUGUUGGUUCUAUUACCAUUGAUGACUUGCUUGGUGGCCGUUCAAGCAAACUCUGUGGAAGAAGUCUUUAGAUCCCAUCAGGUGGUCCCUGAUGUGAUUUCCGAGCCGCCAAACCAGUUAUUAAAGGUCACGUACAGCAACGACCUUGUGGCCAAAAAUGGAGUAGAGCUUACGCCCACGCAGGUUAAGGAUCAGCCUACCGUGCAGUGGGACGCGCAGCCCGGCGAUUUCUACACACUGAUCAUGACCGAUCCCGAUGCACCCAGCCGCGCGGAGCCCAAGUUCCGCGAGUUCAAACACUGGGUUCUGGUCAAUAUCGCCGGCAAUGACCUGGCCAGCGGGGAUGCGAUCGCCGAAUAUAUUGGGUCCGGCCCUCCCCAGGGAACGGGUCUGCAUCGCUACGUCUUCCUGCUGUACAAGCAAUCCGGAAAACUUGAGUUCGACGAGGAGCGCGUGAGCAACAAAUCUCGAAAGGAUCGUCCGAAAUUCAGUGCCGCCAAGUUCGCCAAGAAACAUCAGCUUGGCAAUCCCAUCGCCGGGACAUUCUACCAAGCCCAGUACGACGAAUACGUGCCUAAAUUACACAAGCAACUUUCGGAAAAUUGAUCUUUUUUACGCGUCAUUUGAAGACAAUAAAAAAAAAUAAAUUUAAAGAUACAAAUUGA